GGAAGUAAAAUCAUUUCUGAAGCCUGUGUCUGUUUGUACAUUGCUGAAAAUCCAUCGCAGGUAGUAAUACAGGAGCCAUAUGAAGAGUUAGCAAAAUUGAAUUUUAAACAGUAUAUUAUAAGCGUACAUGCAUUGCAGAAGAUAAAGCAGCUAGCUGUAAAGAGGACGCAAUUGUAUUGAUGUGGAAUUGGACCAGGUGUUAGAAUACAAAAGGAUUCCAGUCCAGCACAAGGUGUCGGGAUGAGCUUCUUCAGUUUCGGACAAAGUGCUGAAAUUGACGUAGUUUUAAAUGAUGCCGAGACGAGAAAAAAGGCCGAGCACAAAACAGAGGACGGGAAAAAGGACAAAUACUUUCUGUUUUACGACGGGGAGACAGUCUCUGGGAAAGUCAAUGUAACCCUGAAAAACCCAGGGAAGAGGCUCGAGCAUCAAGGGAUCAAAAUAGAAUUUAUCGGGCAAAUCGAAUUGUACUAUGACAGAGGAAACCAUCAUGAGUUUGUCUCUCUGGUAAAGGAUUUAGCUCGGCCUGGAGAAAUGGCUCAAUCUCAGACCUUUGAUUUUGAGUUCACACAUGUGGAGAAACCGUACGAGUCUUACACAGGCCAGAAUGUAAAACUACGCUAUUUCCUGCGGGCAACCAUCAGCAGGAGACUGAAUGACAUCUGCAAAGAGAUGGACAUCGUAGUGCACACACUCAGUACAUAUCCAGAACUCAACUCCUCCAUAAAGAUGGAAGUGGGAAUUGAGGACUGUCUGCACAUUGAGUUUGAGUACAACAAGUCGAAGUAUCAUCUCAAAGAUGUGAUUGUGGGGAAGAUCUAUUUCCUAUUGGUGCGAAUUAAGAUCAAACACAUGGAAAUUGAUAUUAUUAAACGGGAGACAACAGGGACAGGGCCAAAUGUGUACCAUGAAAAUGACACCAUUGCAAAAUACGAGAUUAUGGAUGGAGCACCUGUCCGAGGUGAAUCCAUCCCCAUCCGUCUUUUUCUGGCUGGGUACGAGAUGACGCCCACCAUGAGGGACAUUAAUAAGAAAUUCUCUGUUCGUUAUUACCUGAAUCUCGUACUCAUUGAUGAAGAAGAGCGACGUUACUUCAAACAACAGGAGAUUACACUAUGGAGGAAGGGAGACAUUGUGAGGAAGAGCAUGUCCCAUCAGGCUGCCAUCGCCUCCCAGCGCUUCGAGGGCUCGGCAAGCUCAGAGAAAGCACUCUCUCAAGCUAAAGAGGACAGCAACUAAACCUAACCAUGUCAGCUAAUCAUCUCAUGUGUGUAUGUGUUAGAGAGAGUGUGUGUGCAUGGAUUUAAAGAAGGCGUGUGCUCCCAAAAUAGAUUGAGCAACGUAAACAUGAUAUUUCGCAUUCCUAAACAUUACAGUUUAUGAUCAACAAGUUCUUAAGUAGCUUUUAAAAAAGGGAUGAAUGUGGAAAAGCAAAAACACUGAUUCCAAAAAACAUGAUUUGAUAUUUACAAAUUCUUCCUGGCAGUUCCUCUGAGAUUGUUUACUUUUUUUGUCCGCCACCCUGGAAUUAAUUGAUUUAUUGACCGUAUAUUUAAUUGAAGCAUUUCAGCAGUCCAUCUAGACGACACAAACACAUUCCAUCUCUAUCUUCCUUUACCAGCCUUUUUAAAAUUCUGUAUUGAAUGUUUUGUUAUUGUAGAUUUCUUCUUUCAUAACAUAUACAUUGCA